AUGGCAACAAACAGGCGUGAGCUGUCAUUGGCAGAAAAAAAUGCAAUUGCUGAAUUACAUAGAGCGGGUAUCAAGGGUUUAGAGAUAGCUAAGCAAACGGGACAUCCACUACCAACUGUGUAUGGUGUUUUGAGACGUUUGAAAGACAGAGGGAGUAUAGAAAAUCAGGAUCGAAGGGGGAGGCCGUCUUUGUUGUCAGAGAGGGAUAGUCGGAAACAUGGAACUACAAUUCAGAGAAAAAUAUAUGAGGAAGGAUUUCACAAGUGUGUUGUAAAAAAGGCUAUCCGAAUUCGUGCAGAAAAUGUGAAAAAGCGACUUGUGUGGUGCAAGCUGAAUAAAGGGAAAACUGUAAAUGAACACUGGAAAAAAGUUAUCUUCAGUGACGAAUGUAAGGUGGAAUUGGAUAUGGAUAAACGUGUUCUUGUUUGGAGACGGCCCGGAGAAGAGUGGACCCCCCCUUGCUUGAAUCCCAGUCGUGGUACACGCACGAGUCUGAUGAUCUGGGGUUGCAUUACCUACGAAG